AUGGAGUCUGGUCAUCGGCUUAACUCGAAAGUAGCUAUGGUUGUGGAUCACUUGCGCAACGUGGGGAUGGGAAUUCACAAGCACAUUGCCGUACUGCAGAGCAAUAAGACAGAGGAUCUCACCGAGGAUAGUUUGACAGUCGAUCUUUGUGGGCGUGGUAGAAAGCUUGACUUUUCAAACCUUGAAUUGGUCUGUCCCAUUGACGUAGACGAUAUCAGCAACCGCUGGUCGUAUAUGCCUGUCCCCGGACAGACAGUCAAGGAGUACCCAGCUGGGAUCGCUGUCUUUAUCUUCCGCAUCCUGAAACCAUACGCAGGGGUCGCGGUUCAUUGUCGUGGUAUCCUGCCGUCCAUUCGUGCCAAGCAACUGGUAGCACAACCGGCAGGUUCACCACGCUGCUUGAGUCUCGUUCGGGACAGAUAUGAUGACGAAGCCUUGUUUGCUGCAUUCCAAGCAUAUCUGAUAUACUCAUUGGUUCUUUUCUUCCGACUUAGCCAAGCUCGCAGUGACUUCUUUCGCAGAGCAAUGACCAACCUCCAGGAGCUUGCUUGCUCUUCGUCCCACUGGGGGCUUAUGUGUGCAGCUGAUCUGCGACGAGUCAGGCCAAGAUGGGAGGAGUGGAUUGUCACGGAGGCUAAGCGGCGGACGCUCUAUGUUAUGUACCUGUUUGAUCGCCUAAUGCCUGCCGACUUGGGUGAAUUUGGGAUCGCGAAAAGACGCCCCAUGGUGGAUGACUGGCUAGAAAAUAUUGAUGAGUUUGGAACUGUGUUUUACGCAUGGCCACCAUCUACUGAAGCUUGCAGAGCCCAUUGGCAAAUCACUACUCCAGCAAUGGUACCGCCAACAGAUGCCCCUCCAGAAGCACGUUACAGCAUCUUCGAUAAGAGACAGAGAUGGCUAAUCAUUGCAAUUGUUUCAACUGCCGCGACUUUUUCCGGUUUCGCAUCAAAUAUCUAUUUCCCAGCCUUACCAACCAUUGCGGACGACCUCAACGUUUCUCUGGAACUGGUUAAUCUUACAGUUACUUCAUACCUUAUCAUCCAGGGCUUAGCACUGAGUCUCUGGGGUCCAGUAUCCGACGUAAAGGGCCGUCGAAUUGCUUACAUAUACUCAUUCAUUGUCUUUCUGUGCACAUGUAUUGGCCUCGCAUUACGCAAGAACUACGCCGCCCUUGUUGUUCUAAGAUGCCUUCAGAGCACAGGUAGUGCCAGUACAAUCGCCAUUGGAUCUGGUGUUGUCGGAGAUAUCACCACGCGUGCGGAACGUGAAGGGUAUAUGGGACCGAUAAGUGGAGGUGCCUUGGCUUGGUCCUUAGGAUGGCAUUCAGUCUUUUGGUGCUUAGCCAUCUACAGCGGGGUCUUCCUCAUCCUACUUGCCCUUCUCCUCCCCAGAACCCUUUGGUCAAAAGUCGCAAAUGGAAGCCUGAAACCAUCAAACCCAGUGACCAGAUACCCGCUCAAUAUCUAUCAAAGAUCAACCAAGCCUGCAGCGAGAAAGAAUAUCGACAUCCUAGAAUCCCUCCGAAUGCUCGUAACCAAGCAGGCAACUCCCAUCAUCCUCUUCCUGGCCGUCUACUACGCCGUCUCGCAGAUGAGCAUCACGGCCAUGUCCUCGAUUUUCAAUGACCGCUAUGGCCUCGGCGAAAUCCAAAUUGGCCUUACAUUUAUCGCCAACGGCGUGGGAUCCACGAUCUGCACGUUAGUCACGGGUAAAAUUCUAAAUAUCGAUUAUCAGCGCAUGAAACAGAGUUACGAGGCGUCGCUUGGCGCUGAAGCAGCGAAUGAUGGCACCCGCAGUGAAGAUGACUUUGAUGACUUUUCGAUUGCACGGGCCCGUCUGCGACACGUACCGUUGUUCUCGCUUUUGCAGUGUCCCUCGAUUAUUCUUUUCGGUUGGACCAUCCAGUACCCCGAUCAUUCUGUUAUUAUGACUUAUCUUGUCGAUAUCUUUCCGGGUAGGAGUGCGGUAGCAAGUGCGGGUCUUAAUCUGGCUAGGUGCUUGUUUGCGGCUAGUGGGACGAGCUUUAUUAUGCCUAUGGUUAAUGGGGUUGGUGUUGGUGCGGCGUUCACGAUUUGUGUUGCUGUGCAGCUUGUUGCGUUAGUUGGGCCUUUCGUACAGUGGAAGUUUGCUGGGGUAUGGAGGAAACAGGCGCAGGAUGGGACUCAGCUUUGGCAAGAGUUAUCGGUUCGUGUAUUCGAGGUGCUAGUCGCUGCACUGUCCAGUGUCAGGCAAAGGGCUGGGCACUAA